AUGCGAAAGAACAAAGUAGAGGUGAUGGUUCAGUGGUACUACCGCCCCGAGGACGCGAUCGGCGGCCGCAAGGGGUUCCACGGCGAGCGCGAGCUGUUCUUGAGCGACCACAAGGACUGGGUCGCGCCCGAUUCCAUCAACGAUAAAUGUCAGGUCCACACCCUGAAGCAGUACCAAUCCCUGCACGUCGUCAGCGACGUGGACUACUUCUGCAGGUUCUCGUAUAACGUGAAGAAGGCGGAGUAUCGCCCCGCGCGCGUGCCCGUGUACUGCGUCUGCGAGAUGCCGUACAACCCCGACCGCUUCAUGGUCGAGUGCGAGGCGUGCACGGAUUGGAUUCACCCGGAGUGUUUGCGAAUGACCAAGGCGGAGGUGGAGGUGAUGACGCACUUCGUGUGCCCGGACUGCACGAAGCGGCACCAGAGCGAGGGGAAGAGGGGCACGCCAUAGAGAAGAAGAAGCGAGGGAAGGGGUAAGUUAGGGGAACGGAGUAGCAACGGCGAGAAUAAGUAACGAACAACCUUAGGGGACGGACAGAGUAAAAAAAAGCAGGCGCCGGGCCGGGGGACGGCGCCAAGUUGGCGACUGGAGGCGCCGCGCGGCGGGAGCGUACGGAGUCGUGGUGCACGAGAGAGACGCUUUGUUAUGCAUCGUGACGUUUAUGUC